AUUAAAGUAUGAAAACAUUGAAAUUAGAAUAUAAGGUAAGUUGGUUUUCUUUUCUUAUUAUGAAAUAGUGUGUGGUUAAAAUGAUGUAACAGUAUAGCUGAUAAGGUAACAAUCUGAAAGAAGAAGCUGAAUACUAAGAUGGCGAAGAUUGUGAUAAUGUUUGCCGCGAUGAUAGCAAUUAUUCGAGGGGAGGUCACCGUUCAACCAAUAGCAAAUCCUAACGACUGCAUUUGCAAACUCGAAGACAAAGUUUGUGCAUGUACAUUUGUCAUUGAACAUAAACUCACCAUGAUUCUUGAGAAAGAAAAACAACUAGUAUAUCCGGACAACGGGGUCUUGCGACUGCGAGGAAAAGCAAACGGAAAUGCCCAAUUAACUCCCGAGCAAGUUUCUCGAGUUAUCACAGCUGACGGGGAGACUUCGCGUCUUGUAAUAGCUAUCAAUGGAUCGUUUCCAGGUCCUAGGAUAGAAGUAUGGGAAAGUCAAACUUUAGAAAUAACCUUUAUAAACAAACUUCACACUGACAGCGUCACGAUGCAUUUUCAUGGGUUACACCAGCGAGACUCACCUUGGAUGGAUGGUGUCGCAUUCGUUACACAAUGCCCAAUAUUGCCAGGGCAGUCUUUUGUUCAGAGAUUCAAGGCAUAUCCCCCCGGAACGGCAAUGUACCAUGCACAUAUAGGGGAUCAAAGGAGUAUGGGGUUGUACGGACCAGUUAUAGUUCGCCCAACAAAAAAUCCUAUCAUUGAAGAUAACGAAAUAAUCAUAUCUUUACAGGACUGGAAUCAUCUGAUGGACCCUGAGGUAGCGUAUCAAAGAAUGAUAACAGAGCAGUUUGAUUUCAAAACCAACGAAAAAAUCAAUACGACAUAUUCAGUUGACAAAGGUAAAUUUAGCCGUUUUGAGUUUCAGUCGGGCCUUGCUAAUGGGAAAGGAAGAUUUUGGAAUACAACAAAUACUAACAACGGUUCACCACUUGAACGAUUUAAAGUACGUUCUGGAACUUUGUAUAGGUUUAGGAUCAUUGGAGCUAUGACCCUUUAUCCAAUGAGAGUAUAUAUUUAUGGUCAUCGGCUAACAUUACGUACCUCGGAUGCAUACAACGUGGACAGGAUAGCAGUACAGUCAAUCAUAGUACAACCGGGCGAGCGGUACGACUUUUUCUGGCAAGCUCCAUCAGCGAGUGAAGUCACUUCUAAAGAGAUACUUUUUAUUGCCGAGACAAUAGAAACCGAUCAAAGUCUCGGUUACUCAAAAUACCACGCGGCUGAGGCGAUUUUAGAAAUUGAAGAUUUCUCGGGACCUACACCACCUGCAAACCCUCCAAAUGGUAGAAGAGAAACAUGUACAUCUUCAUCUAAAUGCCGUACAUUCAACUGUCCAUAUGAAUUUUACCCACCAAAUGAUAAUAGAGUUUGCAUCACAUUUGCCGAAGUAAACAACACUGAUCCAAACCAAAAUUACAAAGAAGUGCUAGGUGAUAACGUCGAUGAAGAGUACUUCUUUAACUUUGCUUUUCCGGGGACCCCAGAGAACACCCCAGGCUCGGUUAAUGGCCGAGAGUUCGUUCCGCCAACCGUUUCUCUCCUCACACAAGAAAACGAGUUGACCUCUCCAUGUACGGAUGAUUGUAUUGACAAUGGCAUCUGUCAAUGUACAUAUAUUCAGAAAUUAAAGUCCAACAAGCUGGUCCAGUUUGUGUUACUCAACCUAGGUAAUGGAUCUGGAUGGUCACACCCUGUACACUUGCAUGGACACUCAUUUUAUGUAAUGAAAAUGGGUUUUGGCACAUACGACCACAGUACAGGAAAUCUAAUGUCUAAUUCUAAAGACAUAAACUGCACGGAUGAAUUCGACUAUUGUAGUUCUGCUGAAUGGACAAACCGUAGUUGGGCAGGUGGAAGAGUUCCAUAUAUGAGCAGUAAACCACCGGAAAAAGACACAAUUGUCGUUCCAACAGGUGGCUACGUUGUUAUUCGAUUUAGAUCGGAUAAUCCCGGAAUGUGGUUUCUGCAUUGUCAUAUUGACCUGCACAAUACAAAUGGUAUGGCAAUGGUUAUUGAUGAAGGGGAGUCAAAACCAAGCCCUCCUGCAGGAUUUCCAACAUGCAGAAGUUUUCUAUAUAAUGGUAAACCUCCAGAUGACCCGGGUGUCAACAGUGCCACGAUACACGGCGGAUUUCCGAUUAUAGUGUUUUUUGUGCUUUUUCUAACAAUAAAAAUAAUUAAUUAGAUUUUAAAGGGGGGCUGGGGGCGGUGAGUUGUUGAGAUUAUCAUCGCAACCAUAAAUACUGUACCAAUAUCCUAACAUUAGUUUUUUUAUUAAUACGACAUGCGAUACAAGAUGAUUUCUUCCCUCGGGCAAUAUUUGAACAACAUUUUCAUUGUAUAUAACUCAUCGCCGGUGUAAAACAAAAAUAUUUUCGUUCGAUUAACAUAGAAAUUGUAAAAUUCAUAGAAACAUUGUCUAGGCUCUUACAGUUAAUGCAAAUGAUCAGAGGUUGUUACGCAUGGCAGAAAGCCACUAUUGUCAGAUUUACGUUGACACCUUUUUCAUCGCUAAACAUUUUAUACUGUGCACUAUUUUAAAGUAAAUUAAUACCCCUCUAAGCCUUACUAGCUUUUUAAAAUACGAUUUGUUGAUAUUAACAAUCGGACAUUACUUCAAAUCUUGUCUCUAUGUACUUUUAUAUGUCUCAUAUAUUUAGUUCACCACAUCCCUGAGAUUGUUCUCACCAUUAUUCUGCUGUGCUUAAUAAAUUGUAAAAUUUAAAGGAAAA